AUGAAACACCUUCAUCGAUUUACCCACAAAAUCAAAAAUGCACUUGCUAGUCGUUACGACUUGGUCCAUUUGAAGCGCUUGGCCUUUGCCAUCGCCUUGACCUCUUGUCUUUCGCUGGGUUCCAUCAUGCUUUUCUCGCUUUUUGCCCUGGCUCUCCAUAACAGCGUGGGGCUCUCUUAUACCCAGAUCAACUUCAUCGUAUCUUUGUCUGCUGUGGGCAUGUACCUUUGCUUGCCGGUAUUGGGGUACUUGGCUGACUGUUACGGGCCCGCCUUGCUCUCUUUGAUCUCCAUCUGGGCGUUUUGUCCUGCUUAUUUUGUUAAUGCCAUCAUAGUCAGGCUGGUGAGUACUCACUACGAGUUACUGCCUCAGCUUACGCCAGGUAACGUGGCAGUGUUGGCAGUGAGUUUCUGCUUCAUUGGCUUGGCCACCAGCUCCUUAUACUUUGCCAGCUUGCUUACAUGCGCAAGAAUCUACCCUAAUCACAAGUCUCUAGCUAUCUCCAUGCCUGUCAGUUGCUACGGUUUGUCAACAUUGAUUGGCUCCCAAAUCAUGAAGCUUGGCUACUUCCACGAGCUGAAGAAUGAACUUGACUUGUACAGAGUAUUUCUGUUCUUUGCUUUCUUGUAUCUUGUGGUUGGUAUCCUCAACUUCGUGUCCAAUUCCAUCGUGUCUCUUGAGCAGGAAGUGAUAUUUGGGGAGACAGAGCCGCUUUUGUCGGACUCGGAGACAUCUGUGGACUGUUCCAGUAUCUCAGAUUCGUCUUUAACCCCGGUGAGGUCUCAACGCUCGGCUUUGGAGCCCGUGGACCACCACUCUAGAUUCAUCGCUUUCCUCAAGGACAAAUCCGCUUGGGUGUUCUUGCUUUCGCUCAUGUUGAACGUUGGCCCUCUUGAGAGUUUCCAGAAUAAUUUGGGUCUGAUCAUUCAGUCUACAUCCUCAGGAAACGUCCAAUUGACCGACCAGGUCAGUAUCAUCGCCGCUCUGUCUACAAUCAUCCGUCUUUUAAUUGGAGUUGUGGCCGAUUGGAUUUCCAGCGAAGAUCGCAAGUACCCGGUUUGUAAAGUAUGGCUUUUGGUGGGUUUGACUUUGAUAGGUACCGUGGGUCAAUUUGGCGUAUUCUACUUCCCAGACUUUGCAAUUGUGUCCGUGCUCAACGGAAUCAGUUACGGAGGCUUAUUCACGACAUACCCAACAAUCAUUGCAUCUAUCUGGGGUGUGGACUUGAUGGGUUCUACUUGGGGCUCAUUUAUGGUGGCACCUGCUGUGGGCAGUAUAGUGUUUUCGUUGAUGCAUGGACACGAGAUGGACUCGUGUACAAAGUCUACAAAGUGUUUGAGCCGAUACUUCCAGGUUACAGGUGUGAGUAUGUUCUUGAGUACAUUGUGCAUCUUGUUUGUGUGGAGAAUUAUGUGGUGGAGACGAGGAUUGAAAUGCUUCUGA